UGUCAUGUCAAACAUGUGUCAAACAAAACAAAUAAAAAGCCGGGGAACUGCGAUUUUGUUUUAAAAAUAUUUUUGAACCAAGAAGAGAACUGGCUGGAUAGAUCUUGUUGUGAUAAAAAAUAAAGAAGUCAAUUUUUCAAAAUAUUUCAGUUUCAAUUUACUUUUUGAAAAAUAACCUAAAAACAUGUUGCUUGGUGAUGUUUUUCCCAAUUUUACUGCAAUAACAACAGAGGGGCCCAUAGACUUCUACGAGUGGCUUGGAAAUUCUUGGGGCAUCCUAUUCUCUCACCCUUCAGACUUCACUCCAGUCUGCACGACCGAGCUGGCCCGUGUCAUCACCCUGCUCCCAGAGUUCGAAAAACGGAAUGUCAAGGUCAUCGGCACAUCGUGCGACUCCGUCACCUCUCACGAGGAGUGGUGCAAGGACAUCAAGAGCUAUGCAGGCUACACGGGCGCCAAGUUCCCGUAUCCCAUCAUAGCGGACGCGGACCGGUCACUAGCCGUCCGUCUCGGCAUGCUGGACGGGGCGGAGCGCGACGCGGCGGGGGCGGCGCUGCCGGCGCGCGCCGUGUUCGUGGUGGACCCCUCGCGCGCCUUCCGCCUCGCGCUCUUGUACCCGGCCACUACCGGACGCAACUUCGAUGAGAUCUUGCGCGUCAUUGAUUCUCUCCAGCUGACGGACAAGGCGAAGGUGGCGACGCCUGCCGACUGGAAGAUGGGAGACGACUGCAUGGUGCUACCGACAGUUGCUGAAGACGAGGUCCCGAAGCGCUUCCCCGCCGGGGUGACCGUGACCGCGGUGCCUUCGGGCAAAAACUACCUGCGCAAGACUCCCUGCCCCAAGGUGUAGCGGGGACCACUUGGGCUUAUUGUCUAAUGUCUCACCAGUUGUCUAUCGCUAGCUCGUUUUUGGUCGGACGAAUUGUAAUUUUAAUGUUGUCAAAACCUUAAAUUAUUUGUCUAAAAUGUAUCUCUAUAAGAUUCAAAAUACAUCUUAUAUCUCAUUUUUACCACUAGUGAGAGCUAGAGGUACCUAGAGCGGUGGUAGCUCAGUCGGGUAAGCGCCCGCUUCUCACACCAGAGAUGCGGGUUCGAACCCCGGCAUGUACCAAUGAGUUCUUUGAAUUUAAGUACAGUGUAUACCUUCGCUCUUACGGUGAAGGAAAAAAUCGUGAGGAAACC